UAUAAUAUCAAGUUUGUCCGAACGCUUCCAUCAGGCCGUGCAGUUGCGCCUUGGUUCAUCGGUAUGAAGUGGCGCCUAUUAUGUAAACCUCACCCAACGAAUAUACGGAUCGGAGAAUAAGCAAAGACACGGUGUUAUCUCACUUUUGAUUCUCCCGUCUCUUUUCAUUACCGCUUAUCCUCUGCAACGAUUCAGAGAAACAGUGAAGAGGAAAUACGAAAUAGAGAGAACAAAACCUAGAUCAAAGCAAGCUCCUUCAGAUCUCUCUGUUCUCAGAGAAGGGCAAAUCGGAGCCUGGGUUGAUUAAACCCUAAUCCAUUGUUAUCAUCAUCGGUUACCCUCUGCAACAAAUUACAGAAACGGCGAAAAGGAAAAUCAGAAAUAGAGAGAACAAACCCUAGUUCAAAGCCACCUCCCUCAGAUCCCUCUGUUCUCAGAAAGGGGCAAAUCGGAGCCUAAGGCUGCCUUAACCCGAAUCCAUUGUUAUACAACUGUUGUUGCAGAGGGAGAAUAUGCCUUCACUGAAGAUCGAGACGGGGCACCAGGAUGUGGUCCAUGACGUAGCCAUGGACUACUAUGGGAAGCGCUUGGCAACUGCUUCAUCUGAUGCCACAAUCAAGAUCAUCGGUGUGGCUGCCUCAUCGCAGCAGCACCUCGCCACCCUCAGCGGUCACCAGGGGCCCGUUUGGCAGGUUGCGUGGGCACACCCGAAGUUCGGCUCCCUCCUCGCCUCCUGCUCCUAUGACAGCAAGGUGGUCAUCUGGAAGGAAGGCACGAAGGAAGGCACCUCCAACGGCUGGUUGCAAUUUUAUGUGUUCUCUGAUCACAAGGCUUCUGUGAAUUCCAUUGCAUGGGCACCGCACGAGCUUGGACUCUGCCUUGCAUGUGGCUCCUCCGACGGAACGAUCUCGGUACUGUCAGCAGGCCCUGACGGUUCAUGGGAAGCCACCCGCAUUGACCAGGCGCACCCAGUUGGCGUCACCUCAGUCUCGUGGGCUCCCGCCAUCCUCCCUGGUUCUCUUGUGGGCCCCAAUUCGGGCGGCGAGAUUGUCCAAAAGCUAGCAUCCUGUGGCUGUGAUAACACAGUGAAGAUUUGGAAGCUUUACAAUGGGACUUGGAGGAUGGACUGCUUUCCGGCGUUGCAGAUGCAUGUGGACUGGGUGAGGGACGUGGCAUGGGCCCCGAACUUGGGGCUGCCAAAGUCCACUAUCGCGAGUGCAUCACAGGAUGGGACUGUGGUGAUUUGGACAGUGGGGAAGGAAGGGGAGAAGUGGGAAGGCAAGGUUUUGAAGGACUUUAAGACGCCUGUGUGGAGGGUUUCGUGGUCAUUGACAGGGAACCUUCUUGCUGUUGCUGAUGGUAACAACAAUGUUACACUUUGGAAGGAGGCGGUAGAUGGGGAGUGGCUGCAGGUCACCGCUGUGGAGCCCUAGAUCAAGGGAUAUAAACGUCUCAUGGACGCAUACCUCGAGGAUGUCAAACAAGCUAGCCGAUCUCCAAUUGAAGCCUCUUUCUUCGAUUUGGAUGACAGAGGGACCACGGUGUAGCACUGCGUGGCCGGCCAUUUGUUGUUUGCUUAGGAUCACAGACUCUCGGUGUAAAGGGGCAAUACGAGAAGCCCAUUUUUUGUAAUCUCAUUGUAUACUUUGAAUAACAUUGGACAUAUCUAUAUGAUCAUUUUGUAUAGGGUUGGUUGACCUAUUUUUUAUGAAGAGUCCUAGCAUGGAGGGACUCUCGGCUCAAACACUCCAUGUAAAAAUUUAUAGUUGCAAUACAGUUAACUUUAUCGAAAAAAAAGGAUACUCGUGCGCAACUUUCCAUUAGGGGAACAAUGUCUUGGGAAAAUUUGAGUUUCGACAGUCCCCAUUUUUACUAUUUCCAAACGGGUGAAAAUCACAAUAAAGAGGAAAGUUGUGUACUUUCUACUGUUAUCAAACGCCACCUUAACUACUCAAUAAGGUGGAUCUUCUUGAGAGCCUUACUGCUCUUGGCUGCCCAAUUUUAUGGCCUCAUACUCCCCAAUUGCAGAUCAAUUCAUUGCUAUGGGCAUCAUAGGCUGAGCAUCCUCCCCCACCCUUUCCUUCAAACUUGAAAUUUUUAUAGGCAGUAGGCCCUGAACUGAUAAGCAAUAGAAAUCCUUUAUUAUUUGGUCAGAAGUCGUGGUGCUCAAGUUCUUCAUUAUUGGCUCUUGCAAGCCCUGCUUCCCCUAGGAAAGUUACCUAGUUUCAUUACUUCAGUUCUCUGGUCAUUUGAUUGCCAAAUCCUUUGAAGGGCGGCUUCAUGUAAUAUUCUUGAUCAUGUCAUUUGACUUUUUUUUGCAUUACUGCAACAUUCAUAAACUCUUGCAUGCAUGCAUACAUGAUAAUCUGAAUCACUAUGCUUAAAAAAUCGUAUAUUGUAUCGACGUAUAUGAUGUUCUUUGUCCUCUUCUGUUAAAUUUUAUUCAGUAGUCGAGUCUUCUGACAUUGAACUUCGAGAAGUUUUGCUUGUAUUAGUUUUGUAAUGAUGACCUUAUAUUUCACACUCUACUAGAAAUUCUUUUGUUGAUUGUCGAAUGUUGUGAUUUUAUUUGGUUCUUUAGAAUGAAUGCUCUUGUAUGCUAUGCAUGUGUGUGUGUGCAUGUGAUAUGUGCAUUUCAUUGUGUCAGUUAUAUAGGAACCAAACUAGAAAGUGUAUAUGUGCUCAGCACAUUCAUCCAAGCGACAAUCAGACACCUAAAUUUGCGUAUUAGAAUUACACAUUUUUGUUUGCGGGUCUUAGAUAUUUUCAGUUUGCUUUUAAGAUAUUGAGAUAAGGAACACAGGGUUUUCAUUCUGUUUCUUGGUAUAUGUCGAGC